UGUGAAUUCGUCUACUAAGGCAACGGCAAACAAGACUAAAUCUAAACACCUCGUGUGGAUAUCUGUCGUCGACUUGUUGCCAUUGACAUAUGGCGAAAAAGUGGAAGGACGAUAUCCGCUGAACUGUAUUAUGGUGAACUCGAACUAUUAUAGUGAUCCCCAUAACUCUAAUCAACAAACUCAAUCUGGUACCUACCUCAAAGUUUUUGCGUGGACAGUAUCGCCUUGGCCUCAUCCACCACCAGACAACUUGCUGGACGUCACCGUGCACGCCCUGUACAAUCCGGCGCUGCUCGUCCCACCGAACCAGCGUCGUUCUGUUCGUCACUCGGAGUGUACGGCCAUUUUAGAAACACCGAUCUCGGGCGAAAUGUCGGCGGCUACAUUAUUCGCGAGGGGCGGGUACACGGACGACGUAACGAGGGAGAACUCGAACGAGGUGAGGUGGAACUCCUUGCAGGAAGACAUACCAGCAAACGUAUCGGCCACAGGUCAGAGGUUUGAAUACGAUGGACGAGCAGUAAUGAACACUGCCAAGGUACUCAGACCGAACGAUGUGAUGAACAGAGGGCCCAGAUACUUGUGGAAUUUGCGACACAGGUUUGCCAUGGAUUCAAUCACUUCUAAAGCAUUUCAAGAUACGAUUUUCAAGUCUAGAUACUGGCCGAUAUUAUUUACCAUUGAAACGUCUGCCGCGGUCUACGUCAGCCGAAUAUCAGUGGCAGAAAGUGUUUUGAUUUCGCCCAACUCAGGAGGAGACACAUUUUUUGCUCUCUUAGAUCUAUCUGCACUCAUGCAACCCCAAUGCACUUCAGUUCGGUGUAUAUCGGUUGUUCGUCCGUUGCAUAAAAAAAUGCACAGCGGGGCGUUUUUAGAUGCCAUUGACAUGAUUCGGAUUAUUGAAAACAAAAAUGAGGAAUCGUCAGCGAAAGAGUUUACUACCACGAUGCUCGAAGAACCAAAAAACAACACUAAGGAAAUGUCAAUGUCAUUUGUGGUUGUAGAUGUGUCUGUAGCUAGUUCGUUUUACAGACAGUACUUAGAACGUCUGACUUUAGAUGUUUUAGAAUUAGGUUUUGGCGUUGAUAAAAUAGAGCCACCCAAAAGUACAAAAUCAGCUGUCAUUAAAUUCGAAGAAACAUUAAGAUCCAUAGUAGAGACGUUGAUGAAAAACACAACCAACGAUACUAAUGUGGAUAAACACAUAAAGGAUCUAAAAGAUACUGGGAUGUACAAUACAAUGGUAUCAUCCCUGUCAAACGAUAUGAAAGCGUACGUCUCAGAAAAAAAUUUAGGUCCGUUGAUCUGCGAAACGGUACAAAGCUUCGUGAACCGUAUUUCCGCGGACUUGGCUGCUAAAACCGAGAUCGUGGCAGAGUCGUUCGAGUUUCCGCAUUCCUGUCCCGACGGCGACGGUCUACAGCUGAAGAAAAAACAAAUGGCCAGCUACGCCAGAGAGGCUUCCGAAUCCAAGCAAAUAGAACGCGCUAAGGCGUAUUACGAAAACUUAAUCUCCACAGCCGGCACGAGGUGUGACCCCGACUACUGGUUGUUGUACGCUAGUUUUUGCUUGGGGCGACUAGAUUUCAAUACGGCUUUGGAGUGUGUCGAAGAAGUGUUACUGGUGGACGGCAGCAAUUGGAUCGGGUUAUUUUUGUAUGCAGCCAUACAGUUGACAAUUGGAGAGGAUGAAAAUUAUAAAAAUUGUGAGACCGUGUUAAAGUCGUUAAUAAUGCAUCGCGGAGACUUUAACGAACCGUACGUUUUGCUAAGUGUUUACUAUGGACUGACGGAAAUGCAUAAUGCCCGUUUUAUGAUGCUGCAAAAAGCUAAGGAAUCGGUCCAGUGGUCGGUUAUUGGAAAUAUCCCGAAUGACUCCCUGUGUUGGAAACCUAUUGGUAACAACGAACAUCCCGUAAUCAAAUGCACUGUGUUGCUAUUGAAGUUCGAACUCAUAGAAAUGGCAAAAUAUUGUUUGGAUAUUAUCAAAGGCAGCUGCGAUGAGUAUUACUAUUAUAUGGCGGUUUGCGAGUACAAAAGUGGAAAUUAUAAAGAAAGCUUAGAUCACCUUAACAGCGAUAUAUUGACGCCUACUGCAUCUAAAGAAGCCAUGGAUAUGCUAAGAUGCCUCAACGACAUCGAAAUGAACAAUCGGAUCGAUACUAUGGAAAAGUACUUGCUGAGUAUAAAUGAAAUAAAAAAUGCACGUAAAGAACACCAUCUGAUAUAUUUAAAAGGCGCUCAAUAUUAUUUUGAUAAAGAAUGCUAUACAAGAGCAGCGGAGAUAUGUCUGGUGGCAUGUACCGUUUUGUGGACACCGAUGAUUCUUAUUUUGUUGGGCAAAUCAUUGUUAAAGAUAGGUGAAGUAGAAGUAUCUGAAAACGCACUGGCCGAAGCAAACGUCAUAGACAAUAAAAACGGAGAAAUAUGGGCUUAUCUCGCCAUGGCAAACUUCAAGUUGGGAAACAUAAGACGAGCAAAACUUUGUUAUGAAAAGGCACUUAUGCAUGGAGUAAAAGAAAAAGACACACAAGAAAUUGAUAAACUACUUGAACUUUUUUGAACAAUAUUAGUUAUUUUAUUUGCUUAUGUUGUUGAAAAACAUAAUACCCAUAUAAUAUAUGCGUUUCAAUAAAUAUAAUCAAACACUCAUACUUAUAAAUAUGUACAUCCUCUACAUGAGCAAGAGCAUCGAUGAUCGAGAACAAUAUGAUUAGGACCGUGUUGGUAUCGGAUCCAAUACUUCUUUGAAGCCUUUCACCUUAUACAUUUUGUUUAGGUGUACAGUUUAAUUUUUGUUAAUUAUUAUAUUAUCGCCUAAAUAAGCAAUAAAUAUCAUCAUCAUACACACAACACAGAUCGACUUCGACUUGUUUCUUUUUUACAUAUUUAUUACAUACUUAUUUCACAUUCGAUACAAUAGAUUUAUUAAAUCUAUUUAAUAGUUAUUUUUGG